CCCAUCAAUGCUUACUCUCUCUUCAAAAUGUGCAGUCAUGUGCUUGGUGGAAUGAGAGAGAGAAUGAGAUUUUUCAUUGAAUGCAAAGUAUGUCCUUUCACCAUUGAAGAAAACCCUAUUAAAUGCUUUGCUCUUCACUGCUCUCUCUCUCAUCCCAUUUCCUGUGUUAUCUUGCAUUUACUCCUCACCUCAUGGCAUGCUCUCUACACACACACACACACACUGGAAAAACAGUAGCAACUGUUGCCACAAAUCUUCAAAGUUCAAUUUCCACUUUUCUUCUUUCCACUUAUUUUACUAUAUAUACCAAACAUUCAACGCCAAAAGUCUAAUAGUAUCAUUUCCUUUUAACUUUUUCCUUGUUAUAGUAGCACACCUAAAUCAUUGUUUCUCCAUUUAUUGUUGUGGGCAUUCAAAGAUUAAAUAUAAAUAAGUGUGAUCAUGCAUACACCAUCUCAGUUGUUUGUAAGUAAUUAGUGUUACUCAUGUUAUGCUACUGACUUGAUUGAUCCGCCACAUAUAUAUCCAUAUUUCUGUGUGUGUGUGUGUGUGUGUGUGUGUGUGAAGUCUGUGUCUAAGUCUAUGCACAUAUAUAUAAUAAUGUGUAUGAAAUAGUAAUGGUGUCAGAAAUAAAUGGAUGGAGGUCAAGACAGAGCAAUAAAUAAAAAGAAUUGCUUUAUUCCAAUGAAAUCAAUCAUUCAAUAUCCUCGUCCAUGUUGUUGAACAAUCUUGCACCAUUUAUAGAUUAACAAGAAGAGAAGUCUCUCCAGAUAUAGUGUAUGUGUAUCUAUCUGCUGCUGCAUUUCUAUGAUACCACCCUAAGUCCAAGCAUUCAAUGCCGUUUCCGGCGCUCUCAUCUCUCAAACUUCACUCACCUUCUUUUCUGUUUCAUUAAGAGAGAGAGAGACACUUGUGUUUGUGUGCAUUUGCUUUGUUUUAGAGUGUGGUGAUGGGGAGAGCACCAUGCUGUGAGAAGAAGGGGCUGAAGAAGGGGCCUUGGACUCCUGAGGAAGAUGACAAAUUGGUGGAGUACAUUGACAAGCAUGGUCAUGGCAGCUGGAGAUCCCUCCCCAAGCUUGCAGGUCUUCUGCGUUGCGGGAAGAGCUGUCGGCUGCGCUGGACGAACUACCUUCGUCCAGACAUAAAACGGGGGCCCUUCACCCCCGAAGAUGAGAAGCUCGUCAUCCAGCUCCACGCUAUUCUCGGCAACAGAUGGGCCGCCAUCGCCUCCCAGCUCCCCGGCAGAACAGACAACGAGAUCAAGAACCUAUGGAACACGCAUCUCAAGAAGCGGCUAAUGCUCAUGGGAAUUGACCCUCAGACCCACGAGCCCUCCCCGUCGUUUGACGGGGGAGGCUUGCCUUCCACGCGCCACAUGGCCCAGUGGGAGGGGGCCAGGGUCGAAGCCGAGGCCCGGCUCUCCAGGGAGUCGCACGGGGGAGGUGACCACUUCCUCCGCCUCUGGAACUCUGAGGUUGGGGAGACCUUCCGGAAGUUCAAGAUCAAGAACCAAUCCUCGAGCCCAUCCUCCUCUGCUUCGAACAAGUGCUGCUCGAUAUCAGGCACGACCACUGAAGUCGAGCUCAAGGUUGCACGCCCGUUGGUGGAGGAUCCAAGCAGUAAACACAGCGGUUCGAGGGAUUACAAGAGGAUCAAAUCUGAUGUAGAAGACUCCUCUGAAUCUACACUGCAGCUGCUGCUGGAUUUUCCAAGCAACAAUGAUAUGAGCUUCUUGGGAGAUGCUGAUUGCUACAACUUGUAUCCAGAUUUUAAUACUGAUAGCUUGUUCCAUUCCUCCCCUCAACAUGGCUUCGUCUAGUUACAAAAUUGGAAGCUCUGUUUAUGUGUGUUUUUGAGCUGCAAACUUUGGUAGCUUUGCAAUGGAAGAAGUUGCACAAA